AUGGUCUUUACACCCACAAAACCUCCCCUUCUCCUCGUCGUCGACCUCCAUCAAAUUUUGGUCGAUCCGCCAUCUUCUUGGGGUCCGCGCUCUACCCCCAAUCUCACUUCAAAUGUGACCACACUCAUCAGUGCCUUCCGCAAACGAUCCUUCCCAGUACUUCAUGUUCAUCACCACUCGCCUGAUCCCAGCGAUGAACUGUACCCGAUUGAGGCCAACGCUAGCUUCAUCGCACCACAUGCUUGCGCCGUUCCUUUACCCCAUGAGCCAGUCUUUAUCAAGAACACUGGAAGUGCACUUGCAUCUAGUAAAUUGAAGGAAAGUCUUCCAGAAUUUGACUGUAGAGACAGAGAGAUUGUAGUGAUUGGCAUGGAAAGUGCAAAGUGCAUCAACAGCACCGUGAGAGGUGCGAAGGAUUUAGGAUUAAACUUGGUGGUUGUCGUAGAUGCGUGUGCGUCUUUUGGAUUUGAUUACUUUAAGAAAGAGAAGAUAGGAGCGGAGGAGGUGCAUAAAGUAGCGAUGGGGAUCUUGGAUGGUUCCUACGCUAGGCUGGCUGAAACCGACGAUUUGGUCAAAGAAUUGGGGAAAUGGGACAACGCGAGCAGCAUUGACUCGUGA